CAUCACCGAAGCUUGAGCGGAGAAACCCUAGAAAAUGGCGCUCUCCUCCAUCUCCACGACCAUCCCUUCUUGCCACUGCAGCCAUUCUAUCUUUCUAGGCACGCCCAAGCUCUCGCCCUUUGGGUCGUUGCCCUCUGCGUCUCCACGGCACCUUUUCCCGUCGAGCCACCGCCGGCUCGCGACUAUUCCUCAGCGGCGGAUUAUUCAUCGAGUACAAGCAAUGAAGGAAACAUUUUCUUCAUUGGAUGAGUUGUUAAAAACCAAAGAAAAAGAUAAGCUUGUGCUGGUAGAAUUUUAUGCAACCUGGAGUAAUCCUUGUCAGUACAUGGUUCCCAUUCUUGAGGAAGUGGUUCCUGAACUUGAGGCAGUUAGUGAGAUAAUGAAGGACAAAAUUGAAGUGGUGAGGAUUGAUACUGAUAAAUAUUCACGUGUCGCAGAUUACUAUAGAAUAGAGGCUCUUCCUACAUUCAUCAUCUUCAUAAAUGGGAAGUCCUGCGAUCGUUUUGAAGGAGCAAUGCCUAAAGAUAUACUUAUCCGACGAAUAUACAGUCAUAUACCUUUUACCAGUUACCAAUAAAUUGUGCACUAUGGUUUUACUUCACAAUGUCAAUGAUAUCUCUCACUGGUGCUGAUGGUGGAUGGAGUCUUUAAAGCUGAAAUUGUGGACAGGAUGGAGCUUAGAUGAAUUACCAAGUAAGAGUUCAGCACUGAUGCUUUUCAAUUUUGCAUCAAAAACACUUCACUUGAGAAGAAGCUUGUAUCAUGGAGCACAAUAAUUUCAUUUUUUUUUUUCUUGUGAUUUGUUUAGCGCUUCUCUUUUGAUUAAGUUUAAAUCAGUCUUUAAGCUAAAUUUAAA